AUGGCCGACUUCACCUUGCCCGAGCCCUUUGCCAGCAUCCCGCGAGAGUCCUUCCUCUUCGGCCCCUCGCCAGUCCAGCAUCUGCCACGCAUGUCCAAGGAACUCGGGGGAAGAGUCAACAUCUACGCAAAGAGGGAGGACUGCAACUCUGGCCUCGCAUACGGCGGGAACAAGACGCGCAAACUCGAAUAUCUCGCCUCGGAGGCCCUGGCCCAAGGCUGCGACACCCUCGUGUCCAUAGGAGGCGUCCAGUCAAACCACACCCGCCAAGUAGCGGCCGUCGCCGCCAAGCUCGGCCUCCGGGCCGCCACGAUCCAGGAACACUGGGUUGACUGGCAAGACGCCGGCUACGACAAGGUGGGCAACAUCCAGCUGUCGCGGCUCAUGGGCGCCGACGUGCGCCUCGACCCGUCCGCCUUUGGCAUCGAGCACAAAACCACGCUGGCCAAGCUGACGGCCGACAUCGAGGCGGCCGGCGGCAAGCCCUACUACAUCCCGGCCGGGGCAUCCGACCACGCCCUCGGCGGCCUCGGCUUCGCCCGCUGGGCCUUCGAGGUGGAAGCCCAAGAGCGCCAGAUGGGCGUCUUCUUCGACACCGUCGUCGUCUGCGCCGUCACCGGCUCGACCCUCGCCGGCAUGGUCGCCGGCUUCAAGCUCGCCGAGAAGACGCGCCGCCGCCCCCGGCCGCGCGCCGUCAUCGGCAUCGACGCCUCGGGCAGGCCCGGCGACACCUCGGCCCAGGUCCUGCGCAUCGCCAGGUCCACCGCCGCCAGGAUCGGCCUGUCCGAGGACGACGUCACGGAGCGCGACGUCGUCCUGAACAGCGACUACAACGCCGGCGUCUACGGCGUGCCCGACGAGACCACCCUCGACGCCAUCAGGUUUGGCGCCCGCACCGAGGCCUUCAUCACCGACCCCGUCUACGAGGGCAAGAGCCUGGCCGGCAUGAUGGGGCUCAUCCGGUCCGGCGAAAUUUCCGGCGGCAACGUGCUCUACGCCCAUCUCGGCGGACAGUUGGCCCUCAACGCCUACUCUGAGCUUGGCCUGUAG